AAAGAGCGACGGUAAAAGUCUUCAUGGUUGUUCCCAAGUCCCAACUACCGUUCACGUGAAAAGUCGGUGUCUCAUGUAAAACACAAUAUUUUACUGUUAGAAAAAAGUUAAGAAGCGGACAUCUUCAUGCAAAGAUGAUCCUGCUCUCUAUUCUGACCGUCCGAUGAUAAUCGGAAUAUUGCUCCUUUUUGGACUUGGAUUUCAACUUUGUGUGUCACGAGGACAAAACAGGGCUUUCACAACUGAUCAACGCCUACAGCUACAAGGUACAACGUAGCAAAACCUUUCCUUUUUUAAUCCGUUGGAAACUCGGAAAACCUUACAAAGCAGUGUAACAGCAUCGACCAGCAAAUCUGACAGCUGAGGGGAAAAACAAAAGCAAAAACAAAAACCCAGCAAGUCUGACACUUUUCCUAUUUUCUCUGUCUAUCUUUUAUUUUUUUUAAUUAACUGUAUAUGUAAGUACCGAUUGAUUUUUCCCGAGUUAGAUAGAGAUUAUUCCAGGGAGUCAGGGAGACAAUAGAAAGCUGUUGAAUUGAUGAGAGGACUGAGCAAUUAGAAGAGAAAGGAAGGAAUUAUCAGAUCAAUAGCUAAGCUUUACCUAAUUUCAAUAUCAAUGGCCACAGAAACAAAAAGCAGUGUGGUGAGGGUGAAGCCGAGCCAUCAAGAUGGUUCUUCGAAAGCAAAGGUUGAUUCUUCUUCUGUCAACAAGAAGAAGAUUGAGAGCUCAAACAAGCAGCCUGUUGAUUCAAAGCAGAAAUCCGUGACUACUGUUGUAAAAACUGAGGUAAAAUCGAAAACAGCAUCAGCAUCAGCAUCAGCAAAAACAACAAAAACUACUACCAGAGUAAGAGAGAAGAAAGUGUACACUUUGCCUGGCCAGAAAUAUGAUCCUCCUGAAGAGAGAGAACCACUGAGGAUUUUCUAUGAGUCAUUGUCGCAACAGAUCCCCACAAGUGAGAUGGCAGAAUUCUGGAUGAUGGAGCAUGGCUUGCUUUCCCCUGAAAGAGCUAAAAAGGCAUAUGAGAAGAAGCAGAGAAGGCAGAAACAACUUCGGAUGGGAACUCCUAUUAAAUCUCUAAAACCACCAAGUAGACCUGAGAGUUCACAGAAGCAGCAGCAGGCAUCAAAGAAUGGCAUUUUAAAAGCUAAGAAAAGAAUAAUUAAUGACAGCGACGACGACGACGAUUUCAUUUUGAGUCCCAAGAGAAGGAAAGGGUAAGAAGAAAAGCAAUUGCAGUAGUGUAAUACUUGAAUUUGCUUCGUUUAGAUUCCUUUACGUUUUAACUGCAAAAAGCCAGAUGUCUUGAAACACUCUAACAAUUGAUAGACCAAGACUUUCUUUACAUUUUCUUAACUUGUGGGAAUAAUAUGACCAAAAACAAAUAAUGAAACCGCUUCUAUUUGGUUGUUCUCUA